UAAUGUUGACAAGCGGCGGCUCCUGAAGUCAGAUGCUGCUGUCAGAUAUUUUCUAAUCAUGUUCUGAAGUUUAUUUAACGUUUUUCUCUGUUUUGUUUGUUUCCAUGCUGCCUGAAUGCUCAAGUAAAAAAACGCUAAUUAAACGACGUCCUGACAAACAACGGAUAUUGAAGUGGAAGAUAAUAAUUGUGCAAUUUAAUGUCAAAAUAAUCAAUAAUUCAUGACGUAAACCGUGUGGACGCGAUAUGCGGAUUAUUUACUAGUUUGGACGGUUUUCCAUUGAAAGAAGGUGAUGUCAAAGCCAAUAGUCACACUGGAGGACGAGGAGAAGACAUGCCCUGCUACUGGUGCAAACUCAGAGAUAGCAGAGAGUUCACCUAACAUGAACUGCAAUGACCUCCCACACUCCAUACCCGAUCGAUUGAAUUUGGAGCCAUCCAUCAUCGCCAGAGAGAUAAGCCCCUCCCCGUCUAAUAAUGGAACAAGCCUUCUGUCAUUGCCAUGGGAGAUAGUUACCCAGAUAGCCUCUCACCUCCCUGCUCAAUGUGUCAUUAAUGUGCUACCACAGGUAUGUCAGGCAUUGGGAAGGAUUGGCGAGGACCACCUGGUGUGGCAACUUCGGGCUCACAAACUCUCCGGCCGACAGACCUCUUUUCCUGUGGGACCAAAGGAUGACUUUGAUUGGUCAAAGGCCUGUUUGGAGAUGGAACAGCUGAUUGGUUUAUGGACAACGCAAGAGGACCACACAGAUAGACAAGAACAGAGAGAAGUUCCUGACGAUUUGGCACCAGGGGCAGCUGGUGAAGUGGAUGGUGAAGUACAAGCUGCCGGAGAGAAUCCGGCUGAGAUGCAGAUGGAUGUGGAGUUAAAUUGUGCUGCAGAAGUCGGGGACGAAAAUAUGGCAGUUAGUUCUCAGAAUGACCCUCAGGGGAUGGAAGCUGACCCUACAACCUUCUCUAGCUCUUCUUCACCAUUGGAGCACAUCGUACUUCCUUCUGGCCACAUUGCAGAUGUGAAUUGUGUCCUGCUGCUGGGUGGAGAGGGGGCGCUGUGUGCCUCCGGCUCCCGGGACAGAAACGUGAACCUCUGGGAUCUUCGGCAGGGCUCCAGAGGCAUGUUAGUGCGUACACUAAGUGACAGUGGUUUUAUUAGCACCCACAGGGGUUGGGUGUGGUGCCUGGCAUCGAGUGGACCUCUGUUGGCGUCAGGAUCGCUUGACAGCACCAUCAGGCUGUGGGAUCUUGCAGCGGGAGGGGCUGCGCGAGGUCUCAUCCGAUGCAAAGCUGCUGUAUUGUGUCUGUCCUGUGAGGGAGACACUGUGCUGGCUGGAUCACAUGAUCAGAAAAUAAGCAUCUAUGACACCCGAUCUGCAGAGCCAUUGGUCAAGAGUCUUCGACUCCAUAGUGAUGCGGUGUUGUGCCUGGCGUCUGAUGACCAGUUUAUAUUAUCUGGAAGUAAAGAUCAAACCGUUGCUCUGUAUGACCGAAGGGCAGGAAAACUUCUGCAGAAAGUUAAGCUUAGCUCCUACCUACUGUCGAUGUCCUACAGCGGUCGAGAGGUGUGGGGCGGAGAUAACCGAGGACUCGUCCACACCCUUUCCUUGCACAACAACUCCCUGACACCCGUAUCCCAAUUCAACAUCCACAGCGCGAUGGUCACGGGCAUCCAUUAUUCUCACGGUACUCUCUACACAUGCUCCUCUGACCGGACUGUCAAGGUCCACCUCCCAUCUGCCCCACCCAAAACACUGCGUACACUUCGCCAUCAGGUGGGGGUAAACAGGUUGAGUGUUGAAGCAGAAACACUGGCUAUCGCUUCUGUUGACAUGAACGUUGAAGUUUGGAGGCCCAGGUGCUGAAUCACAUUAUAAAAUGGCCACGUUUAUGAUGAACAACAUUGGACAGUGAUGUCAUACACAUGAUGUUAUUACAUUUUCUAUAUACUUGGAUUUUUUUGUUGUUGAUGAAAUCUGAUAUUUCUUUGUUUCCAGAAUAUUGCUAAAAGUACACUGUACCUUAUUACACAGGAAAUCCACAACUGGUUUUAUUUCAAGUUAGAGAUGGUUGAGUUAAGUUUGUGUGAUUACAAAAUCUUUAUUUAAAGGAUUCAACAAUACUAUGACUGAAUUUUGUGGCUAAUUACAACAGACUGAACACACACAGUGACAAACUACAUACAUCUGAACCACAUCUACGGUUGAAAACAUAAAAUUUGUUUUUUAUUUGUGAAGAAUCUUUGUAAAAUAUGACCGUUCUCUUCUGUCGGGGUUAAUGUUACUUUGAAUUGCACUACAAGUAUUGAAUGUAAACUGUAUGCUCACAUGAAAUACCAAAUAGAAAUGUUUUUAUUUGUUGUUUAUUUACUGCAGAGACAGUGUUGUUGCUCUGAGCAUCUUAAAGUCAAAUUGUUCUUAAAACUUUAUGAAUGUAAGUCUGUUCAUUCAGUUGUUUUUAUUACUCAUCAUGAUAAACAAAACAACAUGAACACUGAAGUGCUUCUUAUUGGCCGGGCUUGUUGACGGUGAAUGAAGUUUGGAUCACUGACAGCGGUUGUUGAUCACAGAAGCACACAUGUCUUCUUGUCUUUGAAGGGGUUAGAGGAUGCAGCGAUUCCUGUAAGCAGUGGAUCAGCUCUCCUGUGUUCCUGACAGUACUGAACCAGCUGCUCCGCUGCUGCCGAAAUCUGACAGAAACGGCACAAAAUCUUCACUCUUAUCCUUAUAAAAGCAGUUGACAUUGUGACUUCAGUGCUACAGCAAACCCAUUUGAUUUUUUCAUUGCUUUAUAACGGUUGUACACGGUUUCUAUGACAUUACAAAAAUGUUUUUGUGUUGAAGUUGAAAUGUUAAACCUGUUUUCUUUAUAUUUUUAUUGUAGAGCAGCAAAACAAAUAUUAAAAAUAAUUUCAGAGCAUUAUGGUGGUAGAACUAUUCAGAUUGCCAUGCAAAAGUCAAUUUGAUUUGAAUAAAAGCAUCUGCCAAAGGCAUACAUGUAAAUAAAAAACAUAUAAAUAUAAUAAGUACUACUGUGUUCAAUUGAAGCUAACUACAGUUU